UCGUCCUGCUCCCUCCCUACACCAGAUUCAAUCCAGAACUACUACGAAACACCCAUUCACGAGGCACGCGACACUCUAUCCUUUUCUCUCCCAUCUGAACCAUAGAUAUACCACUUUCCAACGGAAAACACAUUCACAAUGAGCCACUUCGCCAACCCCGACUCUGUUGCCAACCCCCAGCAGGGCGAAUUCGCCCCCUCCAUCAAGCCCACCGCUCCUCUUCAGGAGGGAGGUCACCAACCCGGUCGCAAGGUUGCUCCCGCCGACUUCGCUCCCGAGUUCCGCGCUGAGACGUACCCUGCCGGCACUGCCCCCGCCAGCAACUCCUACAGCGCCAACACCACCAGCGAGGUCGGCAGUCAGGCCUUGAACCCCAACGUCGAGCGCUCCCACGGCAAGGAGUCCGUCAAGACCUCCGCCGCCGACACCCUGAUGGGUGCCACUUCGCAGGACGUGCACAAGGGCCUCGGCCACCCCGGCUCGGGCCAGUCUAGCGCCGAGCUGCGUCACGAUGGCCAGCCCGGUCGCAAGGGUCAGACCGCCGGUCUCGAGCAGGUCGGCGCCUCCGCCGCCAACAAGAUGGAGCGCGACAUCCCCGGCCAGCGUGCGCUGGACCGUGAUGAGGCUGCCGCUGGCCAGCGCGGGGACAAGGGUGCCCUGGCUGCUGAGGAUCGCCAGCCUGAGCCCGCCACCACCGCUGCUGCCGAGUGGAAGUACGAGCCCGGCACCAAGCGCGACAACACCCACAAGCACUGAGUUCAUUCCCAUGUCGGGGCUGGACCCUGACUUUUCUCUGGAUAGGAACCUGUUUUCGAGCGAGAGGUUUCACGUAGGCUCAUGUAUUAUUAAUCUGAUUGGUGAAAAGAAUCAAGGAUGCUUGUUAUGAG